AUGACCACUCUCAGAAGUGGAUUGCUUCUUCAUUCUAAUAAUUUUCUUCCCGAGAGUUCAUCCUCCGACCGUUUAACCCACAAACUCAACCUUUCCCAGGCAAAAUUUCAAUUUCGACCCUCAACGGCUCGAAAUCUUGGUUUCAAACAAGCACUAGUGUCAAACCAGAGAAACCCAAAAUCCCAUUUAGUUCCAGUUGCUCAGGAUGCGAGAGAUUGUAGUGUUCAAAGUCUGGAAAGCGUUGAUGAGUGUCUGUCUCUUUUAAACCUACUCAACAAAAAUAGUAACUGUUCUUAUGACAUCAAGCAAAUUCAUGGUCAAUUCGUCAAAAUGGGUUCUAUCAAGUCAAAUAGUUUGAUUGGAAAUAAGCUUGCUAUUUCGUAUUUGAAAGGAAGGGGGUCAUUAAAUGAUGCACGACGGUUGUUCGAUGAAAUUCCUGAUAGAACAGUACCUGCCUAUGCUGCCCUUAUAGGAUCAUAUUCUCGGUCCGAGCGAUGGGAGGAGCUGUUCUCAGUGCUUGGCUUGAUGGUUCACGAUGGAUUACUACCUGAUAAGUAUCUUGUGCCCACCAUUCUCAAAGCGUGCUCUGCGGUUCAAUUACUGAGUAGUGGUAAAAUGGUACAUGGGUAUGUCAUAAGGAAGCAGCUCUUGACAGAUGUUUUUGUUGGGAAUGCCCUUAUUGAUUUGUAUGCAAAUUGUGAUGAUUUGAGAUCUUCAAAAUAUGUUUUUGAUACAAUGCGGGAGAGAGAUGUAGUUUCGUGGACUGCUCUCGUUUCAGCUUACAUGGAUGGAGGCCUUUUGGAUGACGCAACAAAUGUUUUUCAGUCAAUGCAGUCAAAUGGAGUAAAGCCCGAUUUAAUCUCAUGGAAUGCACUUGUGGCAGGUUUUGCUCGGAAUGAAGAGACUGAUUUGGCUCUCCUAUCUUUGGAAGAGAUGCAAGAGAAAGGAUUGAAGCCGAGGGUCUCUUCUUGGAAUGGGAUUAUUUCAGGUUGUGUUCAAAAUGGAUAUUUUGAAGAUGCUUUGGAUGUGUUUGGUAUGAUGUUAAGCUUUCCUGAGGAUCCAAAUGUUGUGACGGUAGUCAAUAUCCUACCGGUUUGUGCAGGCUUGAAAGAUCUUAAUUUGGGCAAGGUAGUUCAUGGAUAUGCUCUUAAAAGUAAUUUUUGUAAAAAUGUUCAUGUGGAGGGGUCAUUAAUUAAUAUGUACUCCAAAUGUGGAAGGAAUGAUUAUGCAGAGAAAAUAUUUGCUACAAUACAGAACAAGAAUGUUGCUGUGUGGAACGAGAUGAUUGCAGGUUAUGUGAAUGAGGGUAAAAUGGAGUCGGCACUAAGGCUUCUUAGACUGAUGCAAAAUUAUGAUUUAAAACCUGAUAGGAUUACCUUUAACACAAUGCUUUCUGGGCAUGCAAGAAAUGGAGAAAAGAAUGAGGCAUGUAAGUUGUUGUCUGAGAUGAGCGUGGUGGGUUUGAAGCCAAACAUCUUUUCCUUUAAUGUCCUCAUAUCCGGUUUUCAACAAUCUGGGCUCAGUCAGGAAGCUUUAAAGUUGUUCCGCGUCAUGCAAUCACCUUUAAGUAAGUGCUCUAAUAUUGAAGUGCCAGAUGAGUCUAUACAACCAAGUCCUGUCACAACUACAAGUGCAAUUGCAGCUUGUGCUGAUCUAAGUUUAUUGCGUCAAGGAAAGGAAAUCCAUGGACGUGUUCUGAGGAAUGGUUUUGAACCCAACAUCUUUGUGUCAAGUGCAUUGAUUGAAAUGUAUGCAAAAUGCCAUGAUAUUGUUUCAGCAACUAAAUUAUUCUUGAAAACUGAGGAUAGAAAUACAGUUACCUGGAAUUCUUUAAUUGCAGGGAACCUUAAUAAUCAACAGCCUGAAGAGGCUCUUAAAAUUUUCUGUGCAAUGCUUGAUGAAGGCCUCAAACCAAGCUUGGUAACCUUUAUGAUACUUCUUCCAGCCUGUGUUUAUAUGGGAACUCUGAAUUUUGGGAGAGAAUUGCAUGGCUAUAUUGUGAAGAGUCAUCUCGAUGAACCCACUAGUAUCCUUUCAAGUGCCUUAACAGACAUGUAUGCUAAAUGUGGUUGCAUGGAAGAUAACAAACUGGUUUCAUCUCCAUAA